AUUGAAUUCAAAGAUGCAAAAAAAUAAAGGCGACUUAAUGGCACAGGGCCGUUUAUAUUUUAUUUUCAUUAUCUAAUAUUAUCUAUUCAUUGUUAGCGACCUUUGAAAUAUAUAUGCGACUUUUCAUUUUGUCAAAUUACAAAUAAUUUGAUAAGAGUUAGUCGAGUUUGAUAUAAAAAAUUUUAUAUUAGAGAGCGAAGAUAAUAAAACAGAGGAUGAUCUAAAAAAGAACGGAAAUAAUUCGAAGGAUUUCGAAAAUGAUUUGGCCUUUUAAAAGUGAUCGAUACAUGGUUGCCCGAGGACAGUGUAAAGGGCCGAUAUUUGUGCCACUUGGAUCCCCUGUUUCUUUUUCUAUACAUUUACAUGUUAGCAGCUUUGCUUCGUUGUCGUCGUUUGUAGGAAGAGCACGCAGUCGCAAAGUGAACGCGCAGCACCGUGCUCGUGAUCACCAGGCCAACGUAUGUAGGAGUUCGAUUUUGACGUUCGUAGAAUCGACUACUCCGUGCUCUCAUUAUAUACUCUUACUUUAAUUUUCCCUCCUCUUUCAAUCCACACACACAUAGUUAGUCAAUUGUCUAUUUUGUGCAUCCUUGUGUUUAUUCCUUUUCUACGCGUUUGCGCUCGCACGUUGUUUAUUCACGUCCUAUGCGAUCCAAUGUCCUUCGGAAAAUAAAUAUCGAGAGGUCGUUUUAUUAAAGUUAUUUAUUGGUAGGUACUCGAGAUUUACGUUUCUUGUGUGUGAGCGUGUGUAUGUAUGUGCGUGUUUAGAACGCGUGCGAUGUGAAAUCUACUUGUUCUAUAUAACAAAAUUACGAUAAUUAUUCGCGAUAAUGUGUGACCUCGUAACCAACAGGAUCUUAUUAUUGAAGUGCUAAAAAAACAAAAAAACAGAGAGAGAGAGAGAGAGAGAGAGAGAGAGAGAGAGAGAGAGAGAGAGAGAGAGAAUGGAGAAAAUGAAAUCGUUGAAAUCAAGGAUUACAAGAGAAACGAUGAUACGUUGUUUUAAUAUUCGUCAUAUUAGAAGAUCGAUAUCGUUUUAUCAAACUACGGUUAACGUCGAAUAGGGAGGAGAAGGGAAUAAAAAAAGAAAAAAAGAAAAGUUGAACCUCUCUCUUCUCUUUCUCGAGAAGAGCCCUUCGACGACCGCAAUGCGCGCGCGGUGAAUCAACGACGGACACUGUUGUUCUACAUCCCGAAUCAUUGUGAAAUACUGCUACGAUCUUAAAGCGUAUAAUAUGGUAACUAUGAGCUCCGAAAAGUCGGCCUCCCGCCGAAAGCCAAUAGAGAAUAAUGAUACGAGAGAAUCAUCGGAUCAAACUGGCGACAGGGAAGAGAAUGAUCGAACCGAGGAGAAUGUUGAGAAACAGAAUACACCCACGCAUCGUGUCACUGCCUGUUGCGCUGAAGAUACGCCAAAUUAUCUCGUCUACAAAAAGAUGGAAUCUCUAAUGGAAAAAAUGUUGGAGGAAGCUACAGGUGUCCCUGUAAGAACAGUAAAAAGUUUCAUGACAAAAACUCCAUCAGUUUUCACAGGUUCCGAUUUGAUAUCGUGGAUGAUGAAAACUAUGGAUAUCGAUGAUCAAGAGGCUCUUCACGUGGCACAUCUCAUGUCAUCUCAUGGUUAUUUCUUUCCCAUUGAUGAUCAUUGUCUUACCGUUAAAAACGAUAACACAUUCUAUAGAUUUCAAACACCUUAUUUUUGGCCAUCGAAUUCUUGGGAACCAGAGAAUACCGAUUACGCCGUUUAUCUGUGCAAAAGAACGAUGCAAAAUAAAACGCGUCUCGAAUUGGCUGAUUAUGAAGCUGAGAAUCUAGCUAGAUUGCAGAAAAUGUUCUCUCGAAAGUGGGAGUUCAUUUUUAUGCAAGCGGAAGCACAGAGUAAAGUCGAUAAAAAGAGAGAUAAACUGGAAAGGAAAGUAUUGGACAGUCAAGAGAGAGCCUUUUGGGACGUGCAUCGGCCGAUGCCUGGCUGUGUAAAUACGACAGAACUCGAUAUCAAGAAAGCAUGUCGCAGUCAAAAACCAAACUUGAGAUCUAGUAAACAUCUGAAACUUGGGAUCGCUGGUGGAAGAAUUUCUCCCCAUUCGGAAUCUUACAUAACGUUUACGAUAGAAUCGUUGCAAAAGGAAAUUGACAUGUUGAAGGAUAGAUUGGAUAGGAGAAAUAUCAAAGUUUCUAAAGUUGCGGAAGCUCUUAUCGGAUACUUCGAACAGUAUUCCGAGUAUGAUCCAUUUUUUACUCAACCUGAAUUUACAAAUCCGUGGAUAUCGGAUAAUCCGGAAAUGUGGGAGCAAGAGAAAAUAGCGAAAGAAGUAUCUACGAGAAGAGUGAAGAGAUGGGCGUUUGGCCUUCAGGAAUUGUUACAGGAUCCGGUCGGUAGAGAACAAUUUAUACGAUUUUUGGAAAAAGAAUUUAGCAGUGAAAAUCUCAAAUUUUGGGAGACCGUACAGGAAUUGAAAACCUUCUCGCAGAAAGAUGUUAACGUUAAGGUUGAAGAAAUUUGGAAUGAAUUUUUGGGUCCAGAUGCGAGCUGUCCAAUUAACGUCGAUUCUAGGUCCUUCGAAAUAACGAAAAAAAAUUUGGAAAAACCUGAUCGUUGGUGUUUCGAUGUCGCUGCGGCUCAUGUUUAUCAUCUCAUGAAGAGUGAUAGUUAUUCGAGAUAUCUUCGUUCUGAGAUGUACAAAGACUUUCUUAAUGGUUCGAAGAAGAAGACGUCGGUAAAGGGUAUCCGAUCAAUCGUAUCUUUCACUGGGCGCAGAGAUACGGCAACUUCGUAAUCUAUUGUGAUAUUUGAAAAUAUCAUGUAAAAAAUUGGGAAAGUGCGGAUAUCAUUUCUAAUCAGUAAUCACGAACUUUCGAAUUAUACGCGUAUGUAUAUAACGCGAUAUGUUCCUCGAUAAACGUUCGAUAACAUCGGAAUAUAUCUAUAAAAAAAUCAAUCUGACGAUUAAAGAAGCAUAAUCGUUUAAAUUACGUAUUGUAAUAAUUAUGCCCUUAUAAAAAGACUUUACACAGAGAAACAAAAUUAUUUGUUUAAAAUUAUUCGUCAUACAAUUAUUUUCAUAUCACUCUAUUUAUUAAUUGGAUAUAUAGUUUCACAAUGUAUCUGUAGAUAAUGUAUGUAAAAUACAAAAGAUAUAGAUUGUUUUUAAGCUUGUAGAAAGCAAUGAGAUAUACCAUAAGAAAUACUGGUAGACAUAGUAUAAUGAAGUGAGUCAUAAAGUAAUACAACAAGUAUCAAAUGUACAGUUAUAUGCUUCUUAAGAUGAUAUUAUAUUAAACUUCGUUGUCUGGAAUGAUCUUGCGUAAUACAACAGAUAAUUUUCAUUUAAAAUGUCUAUCAUUAAAAAACAAAAAAUAAAAGAAAAAGUAUCUUUAUAUUAUGAUUAUGCAGCUUUGUAAAGCUGUGUAAGAAUACCAAUAAUAUACGUGUUUUUUCCAUUUUAUAGUAAAUCUUCAUUCAAGAAAUUUGAUUUUAGCGACGUCAGAAAUGUAAUCAAAAGGAUCCAAUGCUAUGAAGUAGUAAAUACCGACAGUGAUCAGACUGGCAUUUACUAAGCUCAAUAGAAACAGGUGGCAAUAAUCAGAUGUGCCGAAUUAUGGUUUUCUACUUACAGUAGUAUGUACUUUUGUUGACAAAUCGUCGUUGAUAAAACUGUUUGAAAUGUCAACUAACGUUCUAUAAUUAUUAUAUAUGUAUAAUACGUACAGUUUUUCUGCGUCGUGUAAAUGGACUUAAAAAUGGAAAAGUGAAAAGAGUUAAUGUUUGAGGUAGACAGCAUAUAUAAGACUCACAGAUGUGUACCAACGUUUUUUCAUUCUUUUUUUAAUCCUCCUCCUCUCUCUCUCUCUCUCUCUCUCUCUCCCUCUCUCUCUCCUUUUCUAUCUUACUUUCUCUCUUACUUUCUCCCUUUUUCUUUCUUUCUCUUAAAGCUCGACACACUUCCUUUCUUUUCUUACAAAAGAAAAAUUAUUCUAUUUCUAAUAAUUGAGAUGGCAACCGCGUGUCUAAUAAUAAUUAAAGCAAGAUAGAUAAGCGCUUCGUGAAGAAAGGAAUAAUUAAUGAAUUACUAGAUUAUUCGAACGCAGAAUCUCUCUCUCUCUCUCUCUCUCUUUCUCUCUCUUUCUCUCGUCUUUCGUCAUACACCGCUAUUAUAAACAUACAAUGUCUUCUUGGAUGCUCUUUUAUCGGAUAAGCGAGCAAUCCAAGUGCGAAGAACUAUUUAUGACAACACGCCCCUUGUAACUUCAGCACUCAUAGAGUCGAGCCUACGAACGUUACGUCUUCUUUAAACAAACGCUUCUCCCACAUGUUUUCACGCAUCACGAUAAUUCUUUUUUCUUCUUCUUCUUCUUAUUUUCUCCAUUUCGUAAUAAUAAGAAAAAUAUUUUUAGUGGCUCGCGCGUGCAUUUUGUACAUUCGCACAGGCGUGACUAGAUAUAUACGAAUACCCAGAGAACCCGGAGCAUCGGUGUGAAUCGCUAAUGCAAAAAUCGUCUAACGCGAACUAGGUUCGUUAAAAAUCUGGAGAUUUAACACCCUUCUUUUUUUUUCUUUCUUCUAACGGCCUUUUAUCAAAUAUUCAUUUAAGUAACGUCUUAUCGGCUUGAUUUAAUUAAAAUUCUCGAUCUCGUUUCAAUGAUCGAAAUUUAUUCUUUAUGAGCUAUGAAAAUUCAUGCCACCUAUGUUAUAGCUAAGAAAUUCAUUUCUAAUGAAACGUUUGAGUGGUGUCUGUUAAAAAA